UGGUGCUUGAAAAUCUGAUAGACAAGUUAGAAUUAAGUGUUGCUAAAGAAAAACAUGCAAGAUUUAAGUUAUCACUGUUGAAACACAUAUACAUUCGGUAUUCUAAUCAUUUGGAAACCAUUAAUAUGAACUUAAUGAUAAUAAAUGACAAGAACAG